AUGUCGAAUCAUCACCGUUCUUCCUCUAAGAACGGUCUUCCACCUCAAGAACUACUUGACGAUCUCUGCAGUCGAUUUGUGCUAAAUGUGCCGAAGGAAGAUCUUCAGUCAUUUGAAAGGAUAUUGUUUCUUGUGGAGUAUGCACAUUGGUUUUAUGAAGAUAACUCCGUAGAAAAUAAUCCAUCUCUGAAGUCAUUAAAUCUGAAGGAGUUUACUUCUUUGUUGUUCAACAGUUGUGAUGUUUUGAAGCCUUAUGUGGCCCAUAUAGAUGAUAUUUUCAAGGACUUCACCUCCUAUAAGGUUCGAGUUCCUGUAACUGGGGCAAUAAUUCUUGAUGAAACAUAUGAAAGGUGCUUGCUAGUAAAGGGAUGGAAAGGUUCAAGUUGGAGCUUCCCUCGUGGCAAAAAGAGCAAAGAUGAAGAAGAUCAUGCAUGUGCCAUUAGAGAAGUCAUGGAAGAAACAGGUUUUGAUGUUUCAAAACUUCUUAAAAAGGAUGAAUACCUUGAAGUUAUCUUUGGGCAACAGAGAGUGAGGCUUUACAUUAUUGCUGGGGUAAAAGAUGAUACAUCAUUUGCUCCACUUACCAAAAAGGAAAUCAGUGUAUGUCAUUCUUUAUAA